AUGCCUAUUGAGAUUGUACCGUUAGGAGCUGGAAUGCAUAUGGGCUAUCAAGAUAUGAGACGAUUUCCAGAUUUCAGUUAUAUAUCAAAAACCGGCAAUUAUACAGAUAUUCUAGAUGCAGUGAUUAUUUCACAUUUUCAUUUAGAUCACUGUGGAGCACUUCCUUUUUUUACUGAAAUGUGUGGUUAUGACGGUCCCAUUUAUAUGACUCAUCCAACUAGAGCUAUAUGUCCUCUUUUAUUAGAAGAUUAUCGAAAAAUCGCUGUUGAGCGUAAAGGAGAUACUAAUUUUUUUACUUCAGCCAUGAUAAAAAGCUGUAUGAAGAAGGUUAUUCCUAUUAAUUUACAUCAGACAAUUAAAGUUGACGAUGAUCUUGAAAUCAAAGCAUAUUAUGCAGGCCAUGUUUUGGGAGCUGCCAUGUUUUAUAUUCGUGUUGGACAAGAAUCAGUUGUAUAUACAGGAGAUUAUAAUAUGACUCCUGAUCGACAUUUGGGCAGUGCCUGGAUUGAUAAAGUGCGUCCUGAUGUCUUGAUUACAGAAAGUACUUAUGCUACAACUAUUCGUGAUUCUAAACGUUCUCGUGAACGUGAUUUCUUGGCCAAAGUAUAUGAGUGUGUGUCUAACGGAGGAAAUGUCCUUAUUCCUGUUUUUGCUUUAGGUCGUGCUCAAGAAUUGUGUAUUUUGAUUGAAGCAUUUUGGGAACGUAUGGGUUUAGAUAUACCUAUUUAUUUCUCUACAGGAUUAACUGAAAGGGGAACCGAGUUUUAUAAGUUAUUUAUUAAUUGGACAAAUCAAAAGUUAAAGUCAACGUUUGCACAACGAAAUGCUUUUGAUUUCAAACAUAUCAAAGUUUGGGAUAGAACUUAUCUAGCCAAUGCAGGCCCAAUGGUUGUAUUUGCAUCGCCUGGUAUGCUAAAUGCAGGAACAUCUUUACAAAUCUUUCAAAAGUGGGCCUCUGAUCCAAAGAAUAUGAUUAUUAUGCCCGGUUAUUGUGUUGCUGGUACGGUGGGGUCAAAAAUUUUAUUAGGACAUAAAUUGAUCGAAGUAGAUAAGUUUACAAAAAUUCAAGUUAAUUUGCAAGUUAAAAAUUUGUCCUUUAGUGCUCAUGCGGAUGCUAAAGGCAUUAUGCAAUUGAUUAGAAUGUGUGAGCCUAAAAAUGUAGUUCUUGUUCAUGGCGAACGUGGUAAAAUGAAUUUCUUAAGGAGUAAUAUUAUGAAAGAAUUUGGCAUAUCUUGUUAUAUGCCUGCAAAUGGUUGUAGCAUAAAAUUGGAAACAAGUCGAGCUCUAGAAGCUAAAAUUAGUACUGAUUUAUUAAAAUCACUCUUAUCCUCUACAUCUUUUACUGAUACUACAAACUUCAUUCGACCUAUUAAUUCAAUCCCCAUCAAUGCUACGUUAUUAAUGCAUUUUAAUAACACAAACGCAAAGCAGAAUCAAUCUCCACCUACUAUUGAAAUAAUCAAACCGACAGAUUUAAAGGAAGAAAAGGAAAAUAAACAAAAACGCCAGCUAUUCUUUCAAGUUGAGAAAUCAUUUCAACUAACAAACUUACUAUCAGACAUAGCACAUACAGAAUCAACACCUGAGGAUUUGGAACGAAGAGUAUUAGAUUUAUUACAAAUAACUAUAACUAGAACAAUUGGCCAUCUAUGUCCUAUAGAACGUAAAACAACUAGUAUUAUUGCUCGAACUGUUUCAUUAUGGCUACUCAAUUUACAAUCUAUUUGCAUUAAAUGGAGCUUUGAGGAUGAAGAUUUGGCGAGUUUUGUAUUAGGUGCAGUGAAUAUAAUACUACAUAAUCAACGGCCUAUUUCUAUUAAUACUGUUUAA